AUGGCGCCCGCGGAGAGCACCCGCGCUUGGCCUUUGCCCCUGCGUCUCCUCCGGAUGCUGCAGGACUGCCCGAAGGCCCGCAGGGAAGUGGAGCUGCACUGGAGGGCGUCGCAGUGCGCCCACAUCGUCCGCAUCAUGGACGUCUAUGAGAACCUCUACCAGGGGAGGAAGUGUCUGCUCAUCGUCAUGGAGUGCUUGGAUGGCGGGGAGCUCUUCAGCCGAAUUCAAGACAGGGGAGACCAGGCCUUCACAGAACGGGAGGCUUCAGAGAUAAUGAAGAGCAUUGGGGAAGCCAUCCAGUACCUGCACUCGAUCAACAUUGCGCACCGGGACGUGAAGCCGGAAAACCUCUUGUACACCUCCAAAAGGCCCAAUGCUGUGCUAAAACUCACGGACUUUGGCUUUGCUAAAGAAACCACCACGCACAACUCCUUGGCCACUCCGUGCUACACGCCGUACUACGUGGCCCCAGAGGUGCUGGGACCGGAGAAGUACGACAAGUCCUGCGACAUGUGGUCCCUGGGCGUCAUCAUGUACAUUCUGCUGUGCGGGUACCCCCCCUUCUACUCCAACCACGGCCUGGCCAUCUCGCCUGGCAUGAAGAAGCGCAUCCGAAUGGGCCAGUACGAGUUUCCCAAUCCUGAAUGGUCCGAAGUGUCGGAGGAAGUUAAGCAGCUGAUCCGCAACCUGCUGAAGACAGACCCGACCCAGCGCAUGACCAUAACGGAGUUCAUGAACCACCCCUGGAUCAUGCAAUCCAUGCAGGUGCCCCAGACCCCGCUGCACACCAGCCGCGUGCUAAAAGAGGAGAAGGACCUGUGGGAGGACGUGAAGGAGGAGAUGACGAGCGCGCUGGCCACUAUGCGGGUGGACUACGAACAAAUCAAGAUCAAGAAAAUCGAAGAUUCCUCGAACCCUUUGCUGAUGAAGAGGCGGAAGAAAGCAAAUCCCACCGAGCCCGCCGCGCUCCCCCACUGAGGGUGCCCCACGCCCACCAGCCCUUGAGAAAGCAAUAACUAUAUAUAUAUAUUUUUUAAGAAAAAAAGACAAAAAAAGACAGACUGUUAUAUCAAGCGCAUGGAAUUCAGACAUUUAUACCAGACUAGUUAUUUUUAGCUACUCACCUGUGUUUCUGACCUUUCCGGAGCAGGCGGUAAGAUCCCCCCCGUCAGAUCCAUACGCUGCGGCCGGGGGUUUUGUCCUGUAGGUGAACGCCGCUGAUAAUCGGAUUUUUUUUUUCCUUUUGUGAAACAGUUUUGGU